AUGAUUGGCAGUGAUCAAUUGCUACCAAGGAUGACGACGUCAUUGUCCUGGGGCAGUAUUUCUCAUGUGAAGAAGAUUGCAUUGACCUCGGAUGCUCCAGUUUGGAAAUCAUACCUGGCCAUACGUUCUUCAAGCUCCAUUGGGGUUGUCAAUGCUAGCAACAGCUCAGGAACAGUAUACAACAAUUGUGAUGUGCUACAUUUUCAUGGAAGGAAGAGAGCAAAGCCGUUAGCUGGUCGAGGUCGAGCACAAGGAGCUAGCAUUUGGAUGACGCUGGCCACGCCAUUGACGACGCGACAUAACGGUAGACAAGAUGGAUCCGCAGUGCGGACAUGCAUCCGUCACUAUUGGGAACAGCUCAGCGUUAACGAGCGACAACAAAUCUUGUUUUUGGACGAGCCGGAAUUGGUGAAGCAGUUGUACAAGCUAAACCUGAGCUUGUUGUGCGUUGGGCUGAUGCAGCGCCAUCUCAAAACAUCGAAUCGAACAGGCGUAACUACUGGAGACAAAAAUCUUGUACCGUUGUCCACGUCAAACGAAACGAAUAUUGAAACGUCAAACGAAACGAAUAUUGAAACGUCAACCAACGCGUCGGUAGUCCAUGACCGAAUAGCUACGCUGCCGCGAACGCGUGGACAAGUGUCGGAUAUGCCAUCGGAGAAGACAUAUGAGCUGCUUGAAGCGAUGGAGUUUAUGGAUAUAAGCACAGGUAUUCUGACAGUGAAAACAGAGCUGGCAGAGGACACGGAUCGGCUGUUCACAUUGGUAGGAGACGUGUUGGAAGGAUUCUUGACCUCGAUUCAUGUUCUUACGGAGAGCAACUUCAACAAACUUUUUGUGACGGAAAGUGAAACGAUUAACACGUGGGCAAAUUACCAGCGCCUGAUUGCGAUGCUGGUGGAGCAGCUCAUUUUACGAAGUUAUGUCAGUCACUUGGAACGAAAAGCUGCACAACAAAUGGAGCAACUAUUGCUAGAAAUGUCUCUAGAGGAUGGUAAAAUGUCAACAGACACUACAAUUUUCUACGGCAAGAAGGCCAACAAAAAGAAAAAAAAGAAAAACUUGACACGACAUGAAGCUCUACCUGUACAGAUGAACGAAAAGCUGUAUAUUGCAAAGUCUCAAAGCAAAGAUGAUGACAAUGCUGAUCGGUUUCAAACAAAAGAUGACAAUCCAACUACGGCAUUGAGCAGAAGCGAGGUUUUGGCAAUGAAGCAAGUCCAUGAACCAAUGCUUGAGCCCAAGUCGAUCCCUGCAGACAACAAUUGUGGGUUUGUGAUGCCAGCGGAAUCUAUCGAUGAAGCCACGCUUGAUGUAAACGAAACCAUUCCACAAGUCGAAACAGUUACAGAGAGAUUAUCGACUCUCAACCCCAACGCACUCGCAAGCGAAAGCUCGACGAAUGUAUCGUCAACAUUCCAUGGGGGGGACGUGGAUAAUGACUUGGGGAGUGCCAUCGACCACCAAAGUAUUGAUAGAGAUUUAUCCUACGAUGACGUGGAAACUGACAAUCAAAAUGACCACCAGCAGUGGAAUAGGAAGCAACGUCGUUGCGAAGCAGACGCGGAGCUCGAGUGGCAGCUGCAACAAGUUUACGCGUCGACAUCGUCUCUCUUUGGCUGGGACUUUACACGACAGUGUAAGCUUUCAGAUGCUCGUAUGAAUCAUCCCUGGAGUAACUCAAUGCUAUGGAGAACGGCACCGAAAGAAGUGGUACGAUACUUUUCGCCUCGACAUGAUGACGAAUACGCGUCUCGAUUUCACGCGUCUCACUUUCUAUCGCCUGCAUUAUCAAGCUAUUAUUUCAACCCUGGCCCACCAAUGUCAUUUUAUUCUCCAUUGGUGCAUGCUCGAGACAUGGACUCAUCUAUAAAUGAAAGCUUUGGAUUUCAAUCACCAAUGGUCGUGUCAGCACCAGAAUAUUUCAAUGCACCGUAUUAUCAUCAUCAUUCGAGCAAUGACGACGACGAGGUUGACAGUUAA